AUGGACCUUGUAGAUGAGUUUCAAGAUGAGUUCCCUACCAUUUUAAGAUUAUCACAGUCUAAUCAACAAAGAGAACAGAUACAGAAAACAUCCAAAAUCAGAAUGUCUGUAGCUUUAGUGAAGAUCAGUGGAGGAACAUUGAUUCAAGGAUUAAACAGCAUAUUCAGAUCCUCCAAAUCAAUGGCCAGACUUCUGCAGCCUCAGCUUGCUUGAAGGCUUUUAGAGUGAAGAGACGUGUCUCAUCGUCUGCUGAGGGAAGUUAACGCACCAAAGCAGCCCCGAUAUAACAUGCAGGUCAGAAGGGGUUCUUUGUUUGAAAUAAUUUCCUUUCCAGCAAAGACUGCUUUAACUAGCAUAAUAUAUGCUUCGUAUGCAGCACUAACUUAUUUGACAAUCUGUGUUAAUGCAAUGCUGGAGAAGGUAAAGAAAAUUUUCCAAGAAGAAGAAUCCAUAAGGCAAAACAGAGAGGAGAAUGGAAAUCUUAGAAGAGCCUUUUCUGCGCCUGUGUUUUCUGAAGGUAAAAUCCAAGCAACACCUUACAAGUCCUUACCAGAGAAGCUAGGCAAUUUUUCAAAUCACCCCAAACUUCCUGCUGGUAAGUUGAAUGAUAAGAUCCAGGUUUUACAUUCUGUGUUUGGUCCAUCAACUGAAAUGAAUGAAUGAACAAAUCUGAACAUAAAUAUCACUGAACAGAGCU